AUGACAAGAGCUGUGGCUAAGGGAGGAGACCCCAAUGGGGUCCCUGCAGCUCCUGAAGAGAUAAAACUGGAAGAAAUGGAAGAGAGAGGCCAAUGGAGCAGCAAAAUGGAGUUUGUGCUGUCUGUGGCUGGCGAGAUCAUUGGUCUGGGUAAUGUGUGGAGGUUUCCGUACCUCUGCUACAAGAACGGUGGUGGAGCCUUCCUCAUCCCCUACCUCAUCUUCCUCUUCACCUGUGGGAUCCCCCUAUUCUUCCUGGAGAUAGCGCUGGGGCAGUACACCAGCCAGGGAGGUAUCACUGCCUGGAGGAAGAUCUGUCCCAUCUUUGAAGGAAUUGGAUAUGCCUCACAAGUCAUUGAGGGCUAUCUGAAUAUCUACUACAUCAUCAUCCUGUCCUGGGCACUCUUCUACCUGUUCAGCUCCUUCACUGCGGUGCUACCGUGGGCCACCUGCAAUAACCCCUGGAAUUCAGAUCUCUGUGUCUCCAGCCUGGACAAUGGGACCUUGCCUGCAAAUGCCACCUCUCCAAUGAUUGAGUUUUGGGAGAAGCGAGUCCUGGGGCUCACGGAUGGUAUUCACAAACUGGGCAGCCUGCGCUGGGAGCUGGCUCUGUGUCUCCUGCUGGCGUGGAUCGUCUGCUACUUCUGCAUCUGGAAAGGGGUCAAGUCCACAGGCAAAGUUGUUUACUUCACUGCCACCUUCCCUUAUGUGAUGCUCAUCAUCCUGCUGGUGCGAGGAGUCACGCUGCCGGGUGCUACCGAAGGGAUCAUCUUCUACCUGAAGCCAGACAUUUCCAGGCUGGCAGACCCACAGGUCUGGAUGGAUGCGGGCACUCAGAUCCUCUUCUCUUAUGCCAUCUGCCAGGGGUGCCUAACAGCUCUGGGCAGCUACAACAAAUACAACAACAACUGUUACAGGGACUGCAUCAUGCUCUGCUUCCUGAACAGUACCACCAGCUUGGUUGCUGGUUUUGCCAUAUUCUCUGUGCUGGGCUUCAUGUCUCGAGAGCAAGGUGUACCCAUUGCAGAAGUGGCUGAAUCAGGUCCUGGCCUGGCUUUCAUAGCAUAUCCAACGGCAGUAACAAUGAUGCCUGUGUCUCAGCUCUGGUCCUGCCUCUUCUUCCUCAUGCUGGUCUUCUUGGGACUGGACAGCCAGUUUGUCUGUGUGGAAAGCAUGGUAACAGGUCUUAUUGACAUGUUCCCACGAGUGUUUCGGAAGAAGGGGCGUCGGGAGCUCCUAAUCCUGGCCAUUGCAGUCAUAUGCUACCUGCUGGGCUUAUUACUGGUCACCGAGGGUGGGAUGUACAUCUUCCAGCUCUUUGACUACUAUGCUGCCAGUGGCAUGUGCCUGCUCUUCAUGGCCAUUUUUGAGGUUAUCUGUGUAGGAUGGGUGUAUGGUGCCAACCGCUUCUACGACAACAUUGAGGACAUGAUUGGUUUCCGGCCAUGGCCCUUGAUCAAGAUAUGCUGGCUGGUGUUCACUCCGGGUAUGUGCUUGGCUGUCUUCCUGUUUUCCCUGAUCAAGUACACACCCUUGAAAUACAACAAUUCCUACGUAUACCCGGCCUGGGGCUAUGUGGUGGGCUGGCUGAUGGCACUGUCAUCCAUGGUCUGCAUUCCUCUCUAUGCCGUCUUCAUACUCCUGAAAACCAAAGGACCCCUGAAGCAGCGGCUAACUCAGCUGAUUUCCCCAGCGGAGGACCUGCUGCAGCCAAAGAAGCAUGUGGCGGGGCUGUCUGAACUGAGGCGCCAGGGAUGGUCCCCUCCAGUCCAGAAGGUGCUCAGCAUCACAGAGAGAGAAACUAACUUCUAA